ACAAAACACUGAGCAUACAUAAAGUUAUCAACCUGGUGUACUACUGAUCCCCUGUGAGAAGCUCUGUGUUGAUUAGUCGGGUCUAAGUAAGAGAGGGCGCUGUGCACCAGGCGGAACUAGUCGAUCCCAGAGGCAUUUCCCUUUGUGUUUAUAUUUUUAAUUCUUUUAGAGGGAAACUGAACCAUACCCAAAGUGCUGGACCAAAGAGAAAUAAUGUAUGCUUUUGUGAGGUUUUUGGAGGACGACAGGUGCUGCGCUUUACCCGUUGCGAAUGUGAGAGAUUUGAGACCAGUGCACAAAAGAGAUUUUGAUGAGCAGAAGGUGUAUGUGGUGCUCAGAGGUGAGGAGAAAGCUACAGGCCAACCGGCCAAGGCGCACAUCCUCGCUCUGGCAGAUAGCAUUGAGGAACUGGACAACAGUAUUAUGCAAAAGAAGAUGAAAAUUCCUAAAAUGACUACCAGGAAUUCAGGACAUGCCAUAGAUAAUCACUUUAGUGAAGAAAGAAUGCCACUCCGACAUAAAAAGGUACACUGUCACGAGCAUCAACGGGCCUCCAACUCCUCCAAGAGCCUUGCAGCUGUUGUGGCACGUCUGGAAAGAAACGCUGUGAGCUCGUGUGCUGAGGGUGAAGAGCUGCGUGAGGAGGAGGAGCCGGAGGAGGAAGAAGCGGUGGUGCCCCGCGUCCUCUAUGAGGAGUUAGUGCACAGCUACAGACAGCAGGAGGAAGAGGUUCGGCGAUUGCAGCAAGAGCUGGACCGAACACGCAGACAGCUGCUGCAGCAGGCCAAGAAGCUCAAGGAGCACAGCAGCCUGCUAACAGAAGUCAAGGAGCUGCGGGACUUCAACCGUCGUCUGCAGGACGUGCUGCUUAUGAGGCUGGGAAGCGAACCAAUGCACGAUAACGGCACUCAGACAAUCAAAGCUGAGGUGGUGGAGCCGAUACCUGAACCACAGGAAAUGUGCAGAGAGGAGGCCAACACUAGCUCCACACACUCCCCUUCCCCACGAACUGUCUAUACCUUCAGUGAUGGAAAAGUGCACUUGGGUGGUGGCAUCUGGGUGGAGGAGGAGAAGUGGCAUCAGCUGCAGCGUACACAGGGUGACUCCAAAUUCACCAAAAACCUGGCUGUUAUGAUCUGGGGCACAGAGACGCUGAAAAACCGCAGUGUUACUGGUGUCGCAACAAAGAAGAAGAAAGAUGCUCUGCCUAAACCUCCUCUCUCACCAAGCAAACUUAAAAUCGUGAGAGAGUGUCUGUAUGACCGCGUGUCUCAGGAAACAGCCGACAGCGCUGAGAUCACUCAGCGGCUAUCCAAAGUGAACAAAUACAUCUGUGAAAAAAUUAUGGAUAUCAACAAAUCAAUCAAGAACGAGGAGAGGAGAGAGUCCAAGCUCCUCAUUCGGCAGACGGUAAAGAUGGAGAACCUGUACGACGGCAUGUAGGACCUGCAGUGUUGACGUCAAAGACUGCUGCUGUGGAAAGAGGUUACACCUGAUCACCUGCGCUGCCAUUUUGAAUUUUCACUGAAGCCCACAGCGAGGCCUUUUUUAUUUGUUUUUUGUUUUAAAGAAAAAAACCGUUUCCUACUCCGUAACACAUCAGAGGCUACGAGUCAGCUUUACCCACAAUCCGCAGAUCUUACCAUGAGCGCUGUUUGUUGGUUUAUGUGCUGUGAAUAAACAGUGGCUUUGGGUAACGGGGGAGUUUAAGGUGUGACAGUGGACUAUUGAGAGAAGGGGUGUGUGGUUGUUAAUCAGUCAUUGUUUUUGACAGGAGAGAUCCUAUAAAUCAUGUUUAGAUAACAAUGUGUAAGGCACAUCGGCCGGUGUUCUGUGUCAGAACAUGUCCUAAUGUCUAAGUCAAGAAUGAAGACUUCCCUCGAAAAGAACCGUUUUAAAACUCAACUCUAAGUGCUUUGAGUCUGAGUAUAGAAAUUUACAGAACAUAGCUCUCUUCCUGUGUCUGUUAUUGAUGUGUGAGUCACAAACAUGCAUCUUUUAACAAGGUUUGUCCCUGCAGUGUCUUAGUAACAACAGAGUCUGUUCACUAAUUGAUCCUUUGAAAACACAGUUUGUUAGAACGAAUCGAAUCAGUUUUUUAUUUGUAUUGUCGGUAUGUUGAGAAAUUGGGAGUUCAGCUGUUUCCUUCAAUAAGAUUUGAUGAUGGUGCUAAUGACACGACGUGUUCUCAGACAAGCUCCCUUUGUUUCUCAGCAGAGCCGUUACUUUAAGGUUAUGUUCGUGAAUCCGCAUUUACAGGAAUAUGUUUACAUACCAACAACAUGCUUUUGUCUCUUUCUGCUUUUUUUAGGCAAUAUUUUCCCAAAUAAGUCAACGCGGCAUCUUAUGUAACCGUGAUUUUCAGUUCCACGGUGGAUCAGAGGGAUGUUGUAUUGGCCAACUCAUUUGUUUAGAACCAUUUUAUAGUUGGGUCGAGGAGCAUGGACCGGGCAGGGAUUUUACUCUGUUGAUAUGGCAAUCACUUGGAACGGUUGUGUUUUUAUAGCAAGCUGUGAUUGUAAUAUGAGCUGAUAUUGCUUAACCUGCACUUUGGUGUGUGAGUGUGGUAAAAUGGCAGAAACAGUGUGUGGAUGUGGGUAAAGCUGUCAGUAGCGCUCGGUGUUAAAAGUGUCGGUGGUGGGAUUUGUUUUAAUUUUAUUUUUUUUAUAAUUUUUCUCCAAAAACAACCAAACGGCAUCCCCAGAGGAUGACUGGGUCCUCUGAAGCUCCUGCAGGGGAGAAAUUCAAGGGGGUGAUUUUUAAACUGACAACUUCCAGUGAGCCAUGCCAUCCGUUCUUUUGCCUCCUUUUUCAUUUUUCCUCCAUUCACAUAUAUCUCGUAUCUUUUUGCAUUUCACAAAGCGGUUCAUGUGGCUGUGCAUUAAAAAGGCCUGCUUGCUGCAGGUUUGAGUUCUUAACUGUGAUGGCAUCCUGCUAACUGUGAAUCAACCUCAAAUCUGCCUCUCAGCCCUUCCUGUCUCAUCACUUUUACUUUCCUGUCUUUGUUGGGUUUUUUUCUUAUCGAAUAUAUGAACGUUUUUUUUUUGUUUUUUUUUUAGUUAAUGCAUUUUCUAGAGGAGAGAUUUUAUUGUAUAUUUGGACGUAUUUGGAUCUUAAUAUUCUAGAUCCAGGCUGCACCUUAUUCUGCUUAGUUUCUUAUUUGAAACAAAUAAUCUUCACAUAUCCACAUGAUUCCAUCUUUUUUUCACUUCAUGUUCAUGCCUAGUUUUUCACAUUUCUUUUUUGGUCUUGGCUUUGCUUGUCACAAAUGCAUUAUCUCGUAAUGGAAUGCUGUCCAUGAAGCAAACUCUAUUUUAAAUUAUAAUAGCUAAUUUACAAUCGUCAAUUAUCACAGUGCUCCUUCUAUCACAUCACUGUGAUCCGUUUGUAAAGGAGUCUCAUUUCAAUAUUUGUUCCGUUUUCUGGAAGUGUGCUUAUAAUUGAAACAGAUGUAGUCACCAUAUACGACAGCACUUUAAUCUUAAGAAAGGCCAUGUCAUAAUGAUGAUGGGCAAAUAUGGAUCUUACUGGUGAUUAUUAAGGGUUUUAUUCCCCAGUGGCUAAUCAAAAAAAAAAAAACCUAGCACUUUUCUACAACUCCAAAGUUGAAAAAAACAAAAAAACAAAAACAAAUCCCAUUUAUGCUUCAUAGCUAGGUCUGUAAAACAUUUACUUUAAUUGUAACUUACCUCUAAUAUGUUGGUGUAAUAUUGACAGAAAAGAGCGUUAUUGUAUGGUUUAUGGUUCAAGGUUCUAUUUUUCUGUGAACUUUUCCUCUGUGUGUCGAUGUGUUGUGUGCUGUGUGCUAUAUGUUGCCCCACUUACUGAAUAUGUGCUAUAAACGAUAUUGGCUCUGUGGGUACACUGGAAAAACACCAGCUUUUAAUUUGGCUGAUGUUAAACGAUAGCCAAAAGAAACUGACAAUCCUCCUGAUCAUCCUUUCAUAUUGAGAUUUGUCAGCUGUAAUGUUGCCUUGAAAAGCAGUUCUUUCUUUUUGAUAGCCACUCGCUCCGAGUGAGCACUUUUCACACGCAAUAUGGCUGAUAAACAUAACGUCCCUUCAGUUGUGAACCCUACCAGGGAAAAUUGUGACUGUGAAAUGUACAGAUAUGCUAUAUAUUGCCAUGAGAAACUGUAUUCAUAAAGAUGCUUAAAAGCUCCAAAAGCAAACCGGUACACCUCUCUGAUAACGGUCCUCUGGUCCGCACUAGUGAACUUCAUCCUUCGUCAUGUUUUUUGUCCAGCAUUCGAGUGACAUCACUGCGGUGCUUAAGCUUUGAGCUGCUUAGCUCCCUAAAGAUCCAAAAACAAUCCGGAUGCCAAGAAGAGCAGUAUAAAGUCUAUGCCGCACCAUCAGGCCGAUACUUUACGGAUCAUGAAACCAAGAACUGUUUUAUUUCCGAUUGAUCUUUUGGUAGAGUUUCUAUGCUAUAUGUGAAUGUGUGUGUGUAGGUGUCGGGUAAUCUAAAGCUCCUCGGGUGGUGGAUACGAUAUAAGCCAAAGUGGUAUAGUGAUCAUUUAGCUUGAUAUGAACUUGCACAGAAUUGGCCCAUGCCAAGGUCCAGAGUCAUCCAAGCUCAAAAAAAUAGGCUAAAUUUAAAAAAGAAAAAGAAGAGAUAUAUAGAUAUAUAUAUUCUUUCAGAAUAUGGGGUUUUGCUUUACUCAAAAUUCUAUUUAGCUUGUAUAAGUGCUGUUGCGCUGAAUUACAUAUUAGAAGAGCAUUAAGCUUUCAGUGGUAUAGAUGUGCACACUGUCCUUUCAGGCAGAUUGUUUUUUGUUUUUCUUCUCUUCUUUAUUUUUCGAUUUAAUCAUUUCUGUUUUUCUUUCUUCGAUGUUGUUUUUGAUGCCAAAAAGGGGAACAGGGAGACUAGUUAGAAAAGAAUGAUCUAUGUGUGAAGAGUAGUAAGGAUUUGGCCUUCUAUUUAAAAUCACAUACUGUACACAGUUUGUGAGUGAAAUGCUGAGGACCCAUCAAACAUGUAGACAAAGCUGCCCAGGCCUAGACUCAAUCUCUUCCUGCUAGACCAUGUCAAUAACUUCCUGUUCACACUCAUCCCAGCAGGUUCCAGGUCUCAGCCCAGAUCACUGUUAUUCAGGGCCAAGCUCAGAGCGGUUUAUUUGCAACUCAGCUUUACUGCGAUUUGAAAAAGAAGAAGAAAAAAAAAAAGAAAGUAUUUUUAUAAAAUCAGGACAGAUGAUUUGUGGCAGUAAUGAAAUGUGUACUAUCUGAAUCCUACCUCAUGGCUUAUCAUGUCACUUUAGUUAUGUGCUCCAUUCAUAGCACCUCACUCUACACGGGCACAGAUUUGUAAAUAUAUCAGUCUGUAUUGUAGAUUUUAAUAUUCAUAUAGCUGAUUUCUGCUUUUUUUUAACGGUGUAUAUACAAUACGAACCUCCUCCGAGUUUGCCUGAUUUGUGUAGGAGCGAGUCUUUCUUUCUAAUUCUGUGGUUCUGUCGAUGUCAUUUGUGAUGUAAAUCUUUGUUGUUGUGUUUUUGUUAUUUUUUUCUUUCCCAUAUUUGUUUUGUAUUUUUCUGGUUGAUGGUGCUACCAGCACACGUGUCAUUUACCUCAGACGGUGCUACUUUUUUACUGUGGUGGAUGUCAUUCAGUGUCACAUGAUCAAAAACCAGUUAUUGUUAUUAUUUUUUUUAUUUGAUAUUAAACAAAAUCAGGACAGAAGCGUCUCACUAGUCACACCACCCAUGCCAUGACGUUUUGUUGAAUUCAUACUCGUAGACAGUGCGUGGUGUUUGAUGAGCGUCGACGAUAACAGUAUGUGUAGUUUCAUUAACAGCAGAAGAAAAAAAAAACUGCUGUAGGGAGUUUAUUAAUCCCCGCAGUCGAUCUACCUGAAUGGUACUGGGCAGUGUACCGUGGUCCUCAGCAAUGAACUUCUCCAGUUCCACUGUAGUUACCAUCAAAACAGCAAGAAAUUCUAUAUUUAGAAAAUAUUUUAGAUAUUGCAAUACAGUACAGUGUAUUUUAAAGAGUUUAUAUAACUUGCCAAAGUGGUUUUUCCCUCCCAAAGACACUUUAUUUGCAACGUCUCUUAAAAUACUGAUGGCAAAAUUUAUCAAAUGGUCAAUUCUUUAUGAACACAAUUGCUAGAGAUUUUGUACAUAUUCAUUUUAUUACCUCCCUCUUUUUAUUUCCUGCAAAAUGUCUGUCUUUUUUGUUUGUUUGUUUUUUGUAAAUGUUUUUUUUUCCUUUCUUUUUUUUUGUUCCAUCCCCUCACUGUUUUUAAGAUGUUGGUUUUGCAUAUUGGUGGUAUGACUGAAAUCCGUCCUGAACAACCUCAGAACUAGACUCCACUCUUUAUCUGGAAUCAGCCGUGUUGCAUUUAAAUCUGUCCUUUCAUUUCAUCUUUCAUGUUCUUUGUUCUUGCUGCUGAACAAAUAUCUAGAAAUCUAUGUAUAUGUACUUACCUAUAUUUUUCAGAAUCAAUAGAGAAUGUCUUCUAAAUACAACUGUGAAAAACCCUUUCUCUGA